AUGCAGGAGGUGGGCUGCUCCCAGCAAGGCUCCCAGAGGGCCUUCAGCGUCUUGGACCGUCUGCUCCUCACACACCCCGUCUGGCUGCAGCUGUCACUCAACCAAGACUCCGCCCUCUACAUCCUGCUGAGAGAGCCGGUCGGGACGUUCUUGGUGCGUAAAUGCAGCUCCACUCAGAGAAAGGUGCUGUGUUUGAGAGUGACAGCGGACCGAAGUGCCUCCUCUGUGAAGGAGUGCUUCAUCUGUGAGGAGGACUCCACUUUUGCCUUGGAGAGCUCUGCGCUCAGCUUCCCUGAUUUGUGUCGAUUGGUGGCCUUCUACUGUAUCAGCAGGGAUGUGUUGCCGUUCCCGUUGCAGCUACCGGAUGCCAUCGCUAAAGCCACGUCCCACAGGCAGCUGGAGGCCAUCUCACAUAUGGGACAAGAGUUUUGGAGCCCGCCCACUGCCUCAGAGAUGCUGAACGGACCAGUGGACCAGUUGGCAUCGACCAGUCAGGACCAGGCGGCGCUGACCCAGGACCUGUGCAACCUGAUGGCCCGAGGCAGAUACAGCAAACUGUGCUUCAUAAACCCCCUCUUCAUGCAACUGGAGCAGCCACAACAUUCAAACCACGGUGCCUCCAGUAAACGGCACCGCUUAAAACGCAGCAUGAGGCUCCGGCUCUCCAACGAAUGCUCCAUGAAUCUGUCUCUGGAGGGCGUCGGCUCCUUCUCGCCUCCCUCCUCCUUGGAGGUGCCCGGCGGUGGAGAGAGGCUGCAGAAGGCCAGUCCUAACCCACAGAGAAGAGUUCAUCCCGGGGCAGGGGUCUUGAGGCGAACCCCUGCUGUUUCCCCCGGCUCUGCAGAGGAAGAUGACAUCAUGUCGACCUUUGUACCCCAGGUAAGAACCAAGGCUGGCGUGGACGAACCUACAAGGCCCCAGCAUGGUGUCCGAGCGGAGGAGCCGAGCAUCGAGGUGGCCGUGCUGGCCUUGGAGAGCCGUCCCGCUCCCUCCCUGGUCGAGCUGGACAGCAACAGCUCCUUCAGCAGCAUGGACGACUCGGAUUCAGAUUCAGAAACUAUGAGUCAGCCGCGAACGCAAGCCCACCAGCGCCCGCCCCUCGUGCGCUCGCGAUGCCGCGGCGGGCUUCACCGCAUGAGCGCGGCGUUUGUGUGCUUCUUCGCGCCGGAGAAGCGCCUGACGCGGCUGGUGGAGGAGCUGUCCCGGGACAGGCGCUCGAUGUUUGGGGCCAUGGUUCAGGACUUCAUCGCGCAGCAGAUAGAAGUGCUGAAAAAGCUGGAUCCCUCUUCAUCCUCUUCCUCUCCAUGCGUGACCUCGGUGGAGCUGCUGCAGGGCCUGCGUCUCUUUCUGUCCCAGGCUAAGUGCUGCUUGUUGGACAGCGGAGAGUUGGAGCCUCCCAUUGAAACUCUGGUGCCUGAGAAUGAGAAAGACCUGGCGCUGGAGCGGGCCAUGUUCACCUGUGUGCUCCGGCCGCUCAAGUCCCUGCUGGACCAAGCCCUGGUCAUGCUGCACAUUCAGGAUGGCUCCAACCAGCGCCUCAGCAAGAGCCUGCUGCAGCUGAAGGGGGACAGGGCCAUGGAGCAUCUGGGGGUGCAGACGGGCGUCCCGGACAGCCGUGACGUGGAGAGGGUGAAGCAGAAGCUGAUAAUGAUGCAGAGGACGUACUCACCUAUUGAUAAGGUGCUGCUGCUGCUGCAAGUGUGCAAGUGCGUCCAGAAGGCCAUGGGGUCCUUACACGGCCAGCCGGUGAGCUGGGAGGACUUCCUGCCUUCGCUGUCGUAUGUGAUGGUGGAGUGUAACCGGCCCCACAUCCUGAUAGACGUGGAGUACAUGAUGGAGCUGCUGGAGCCCUCCUGGCUCUGCGGAGAGGGUGGCUACUACCUGACCAGCGUCUACGCCAGCCUGCGUCUGAUCCAGAGCCUGGAGGGAGACCAGCCGCCCCCCGCCGGUCUGACCCAGGAGGCCCAGGAGGCGCUGAGGGAGUGGGGCUGCAGACGGAACCGAGAGGCCCAGAGACACAAGGAGAACCAGCAGACUCAGAGGUACGUUCGGAUACUGUUCCAGGACGGGGAGCGAAGUGCGGUGCGGACGUUGCAGUGGAGAGCCGGGGAGACCAGCCAGGCCCUGGCACAGCUGUGUGCCGACACCUUCGGCGUGUCGGACCCCCAGCAAUACACCCUGUACUGGCGCAGCGGCGGUGAGAUGAGGGCGCUGCCGCCCCAGGCCCAGCCACAGGACCUGGCCAGCCACAGCGAGGGCGGCCCCUCGCUGUCCUACCUGAGGACCGACCACGACUUCAGCAAGAUGCGGCGGCUGACCAGAGGCGGCGCUGUGGACCUGAGCGAGUCGGUGUGUGAGGAGUGAGUGGGAGGGAUGGAGGAAGGAAGGAAGG